CGGGGUUGCAGAAAACGAAGAAGAGAAAUCUGAAUUCGAAAAUCGAAAAUGUUGAGAGUAAAUCGAGUGGUAAGCCAAACAAGGGCUUCGAUUCUCACCUGUAAACAACUCCUAAAUCAUGAACAAAAGCUUUUGCCUUUCCCUCCGCAACAUUUCGCUCGAAAAUCCUCCAAUCGCUUCCUCGACAUUUACCAGCUUGGAAAUAAGGAAGCAAUCGAGAAAGAACGGGCAAGACUGGCAGUGCCGAUGAAAUGAAUAGAGGAUAUUUCGCCGACAUUUCUGAGCUGAAACAACAUGGUGGUAAGAUUGCAGUGGCAAAUAAAAUUAUUAUUCCUGCAAUGGCAGCCGUGAAAUUUCCUGGCUUAGAAGUAACCUAUUCUGAUGGUAGAACGUUAAAACUGCCCAUUGUUUCGAAUGGAGAUCGGGUUGAUGCCGAGAAGUUGGCUGUCCCAAAAGUAUCUUUAGUUUGUCUAUCAUUUAGAGCUAGCUCCCAGAAAAUGAUUGACACUUGGUGCACACCUUUUUCUGAAGCCUUUAGCAAUUCCAAGGAUGUUCAGCUAUAUGAGGUGUCAUUUAUAGACUCAUGGCUCUUAUGCCGGAAUCCAAUUAAACGGCUGCUUCUGCGAACCAUGAGGAAGUCUAUUGAUGGAGAGAAGAAUGCUCUUCAGAGGCAGAUUGUCUAUUCAUUUGGUGACCACUAUUACUUCAGAAAGGAACUGAAGAUACUGAACCUUCUAACUGGGUAUAUUUUCCUGCUUGACAAACUUGGUAGAGUAAGAUGGCAAGGCUUUGGUUUGGCAACCCAAGAGGAAUUAUCAUCAUUACUUUCUUGCACUACGCAUCUUCUGGAGGAGAAAUGCUUUGGCUUCUCUGAAGUGCUUCAGCGGUUACUAUAAGCCUUUUGGCACAAAAAUUUGAAGAAAACUUUAAGGCUUGGUAUUAGUUUGAGAGACCUCAAUUUUGUAGUAGAGUACCUUGGUAUUAAGGCUUUCCGAAGAACUGAUGUACAAUAAUCCCCUGUUUUCAGAGUUGAAUGAAUUUUGUUUCGAAUUUCUAUUCAACUAUAAGAAUAAAACGUAUCACCACUUCAACAUUGUUGAGAUUUAA